AUGAACGACACAAAAGAUAAGGAGAAAGAUACAUUCUGGGCCACCCUCAGGGAGACUAUUGAAAAAAUCCCAAGAAGAAAGGAGCUGAUUAUCAUGGGAGAUCUGAAUGGAAGGGUAGGAAUUAGAGAAUCCUGUAGAAUAGUAGGAAAACAUGGAGAGGACGAAUACAAUGACAAUGGGGAACGAUUGACUGCAAUUUGUGAACAAUUUGAUCUAAAAAUUACCAACACAUUUUUCAAACAUAAGGACAUUCAUAAAUAUACUUGGCAACAGAACACUAAAGAACUUCGUUCUAUAAUAGAUUAUAUUAUCAUUAGGCAAACAAGUAGUUUCAAGGCAGUAGACGUCAGAUCUUAUAGAGGAGCCCAGUGUGGAUCAGACCACUAUCUAGUAAAAAUGAAGUCUUUCUGGCCAUGGAAGAAUGCAAGGAAUGAUACAAGUAACCUAAAUAAAACUAACCAGACUGAGAAAGAUGAAAAUUUACCUUUUAAUAUUGACAGCCUACAAGACGAAAGUAUCAGAACACUCUUUGCGGCCAGGAUGGAAAGGAAACUGGUUGAAUCAUUUGGAGAAAGUACAGAGGAAAUAUAUGACUAUAUAAAAACUAAUGAGAAAAUCAUAGCAACAGAGGUGUUGAGUAAAAAAGAUAGCAACCACAAUCGUGCAGCAGAGUGGUGGUCAGAGGAACUAGAGGUCCUCGUUAGAGAAAAACGAAAUGUGUUCCUUCAGUGGUUGAAUGAUAAAUCAGAAGAAACAAGAUCAAUAUACAAGGAAAAGCAGAAUGAAAUGAUGAAACAAAAGGAUGGCAAAAAAUAA